AUGGACACCAUGUUGGAAUCCAGACUCAAAACCCAGCAGAGGAGCAGUCAGAAUGCCCAGGAGACCAUCCUCUGGUCCUCAGGCUUUGGGAUGAAACUGGAGGCUGUCACGCCGUUUCUGGGAAAGUAUCGCCCCUUUGUGGGUCGUUGCUGCCAGACCUGCACUCCCAAGAGCUGGGAGUCCCUCUUCCACAGAAGCAUAAUGGAUCUGGGCUUCUGCAAUGUGAUCCUGGUAAAGGAGGAGAAUACCAGGUUUCGGGGCUGGCUGGUUCGGAGGCUUUGCUAUUUCUUGUGGUCACUGGAACAGCACAUACCUCCUUGCCAAGACGACUCACAGAAGAUCCUGGAAAGCUCUGGGAUACAGAAUAUCAUCUCAGGGAGGGUUUCAGGAGGGGCUGGGGACGGCCAACUGCCCAGCUCUGUGAAGAAAGAGGUGCAACACAUCCUGGGCCACAUUCAGGCCCCACGCCACUCCUUCCUGCUCAGGCUCUUCAGCUGGGCGCUGCUGCGAUUCCUGAACUGCCUCUUCCUGAAUGUGCAGCUCCACAAGGGUCAGCUGAAGAUGGUCCACAAGGCUGUGCAGGCGGGCUCCCCGCUUGUCCUCCUCUGUACCCACAAGUCACUCUUGGAUGGGAUUCUGCUGCCCUUCGUGCUGCUCUCUCAGGGCCUUGGUGUACUCCGUGUUGCUUGGGACCCCCGCAUCUGCUCCCCCACACUCAGAUCUCUGCUGAGGAAGCUCGGGGGCCUCUUCUUGCCCCCAGAGACCAACUUCUCUCUUGACAGCUCUGAGGGGGUCCUCGCAAGGGCUGUGGUCCAUGCAGCUGUGGAGCAGCUGCUGGUCAGUGGGCAGCCCUUGCUCAUCUUCUUGGAGGAGCCCCCUGGGGUCCAGGGUCCACGGAUGUCAGCCCUGGGCCAGGCCUGGUUAGGAUCAGUAGUACAGGCUGUCCAGGUGGGAAUUGUCUCAGAUGCUACACUGGUGCCAAUGGCCAUCACCUAUGACCUGGUUCCAGAUGCACUUCAUGAUGCAUAUCAUGUCUCAGCCCCACUGGGGCUAUGGACAGGAGCUCUGGCUGUCUUGCGGAGCCUGCGAGGUUGGGGUUGCAACCGCCGGGCCUGCGUCCGUGUGCACCUGGCCCAGCCCUUCUCCUUGCAGGAAUACACCAUCAACGCCAGAAGUUGCUGGGGCAGCAGGCAGACCCUGGAGCAGCUGCUGCAGCCCAUUGUGCUGGGCAAAUGUACUGUCGUGCCAGACACGGAGAAAGAACAGGAAUGGACCCCAGUAAUAGGGCCCCUUUUAGCACUCAAGGAAGAAGACCAGCUACUUGUCAGGAGGCUGAGUCGUCACGUCCUGAAUGCCAGCGUGGCCAGCUCGGCAGUGAUGAGCACAGCCAUCAUGGCAACUCUGCUGCUGUUUAAGCACCCCAAGGGCGUGUUCCUGUCCCAGCUCCUAGGGGAGUUCUCCUGGCUGACGGAAGAGACACUGCUGCGUGGUUUUGAUGUGGGCUUCUCAGGGCAGCUGCGGUGCCUGGUACAGCACACACUGAGCCUGUUGCGGGAGCAUGUUGCCCUACUGCGUGUCCAUCAGGGGGACUUGCUGGUGGUCCCACGGCCUGGCCUAGGCCGCACACACCUCGCACACCUGAGUGCUGAGCUGCUGCCUGCCUUCCUGAGUGAGGCGGUGGGUGCUUGUGCGGUCCGAGGGCUGCUUGCAGGCAGAGUGCCACCGGAGGGGCCCUGGGAGCUGCAGGGCAUCGAGCUGCUGAGCCAGAACGAGCUGUAUCGCCAGAUCCUGCUGCUGUUACACUUGCUACCACAGGACUUGCUGCUGCUGCAGCCCUGCCAGUCUUCCUACUGUUAUUGCCAAGAGGUCCUGGAUCGUCUCAUCCAGUGUGGGCUCCUGAUUGCUGAGGAGACGCCAGGCUCCCGGCCAGCCUGUGACACAGGGCGACAGCGUUUGAGUGCAAAGCUGCUAUGGAAACCAAGUGGGGAUUUUACUGAUAGCGACAGCGAUGAAUUUGAAGAGGCUGAGGGCCGGUACUUCAGGCUUAGUCAGCAGUCUCGCUGCCCUGACUUCUUCCUCUUCCUCUGCCGCCUGCUCAGCCCACUGCUCAAGGCCUUUGCAUACGCUGUGGCCUUCCUCCAUCAGGGGCAGCUGCCAGACACUGAAUCGGGCUGUGUGGAGCAGCUGUUUGAGUUUCUGAAGGCUACUGCACAGGAAGAUGGGUUCUUCGAGUGUGCUGACCCAAACCUUGCCAUGAGUGCUAUCUGGACCUUCAGAGACCUGGGGGUGCUGCAGCAGACGCCAGGCCCUACAGGCCCAAUACUCCACCUGUCCCCCACAUUCACCAGCCGGGACAAUCAGGACAAGCUAGAGAAGUUCAUCCGGCAGUUCAUUUGUAACUAG